AUGAAUCAUCCUGGGAAGAGGCCACGUAACCCGCCGGCAUCUGGCGCUAGGCCAGUCAAUCUCCCACAAAGAGGGAGAAUGAAAGUAGUGGUUCACAAUGGAAAGCAGUUGUAUCAAUGGGAUCAGACAACCAAUCAAGUAUUCAUUGAAAUCAUCGCCCCACCACCAGACGCUUCAGUCUUUUGCAAUAUCAACGAAAAUUAUGUCCAGCUCGGGGCUCAGAGACCUGGACUUCCCACGGCGUGGUAUCUGAACCAUGACACAGGGGGCGCUGUGAACAAAGACGAGUCUUAUUGGAGAAAGAGCAAGGAAACAUGUAAAAUUGUUCUCACGAAAGCAAACCCAGGGGUUGUUUGGCGAUUUGCCCUAAAGGACGACCGUGAUGAGUCAAGACAGCAGAAAUCAAAUCUACCUACAUCGCGACCUCCGCAACCAAUGGAUCGGGUGCGGAGUCCAGUGCUACGACAGCAGCAACAACAGCGAGCAUUACCUACAAAGUCAAGACCGCCAUUUCGUGGGAGAGGAGUAGAGAGAGCAACCAAACAAGAUCCUCCAACUACUUCGAAAUCCACUAGCCCCAUGCGCUCCCCAUCUUUAGCAGCGCCGAAACCACAGCAGAUGCAGCAGCAACAGACAACGGCACGGUCCCCUUCCUCUGGGCGAAGGCGAGCAAGGCCUGUUGUCACAAGUGCGACACCAGUCAGAGCAAAAUCAACAAGCUCUUUGUUUUCUCCCCUCCAAUCGGCGGGACAACUGCCACAGCAGCGCCAGCAGCCAAAACCGUCGAGAUCACCUUCACCGGGGCGGCGAAAAUCAAGACUUGCCAAGGAGGCACGUCCAUCGCCGGUCAAGGCCAAGUCAACGAGUGCGCUGCCACCAUCACCUGCUGCCAUAGACCAACCACAGCAGCAAGCCAUGACGGCCAGAUCGACAUCACCUGGACGACGAAAAGGAAGACCAACCCAUGCAUAUCCUCCCCCAAGCCACUCGACAACUGCCCAGCGGCCGCAAGACCAACGGCCCAAGAAAUCGAAAUCAAUGUCACCUGGGCGACGACGACGAUCUGGAAAGGAAAACGUCCCGUCUUCCGAGAAAGAGACACCACGUGCAUCUUUUCUUGAUCGAUUCAAAGCGUCGAAAGAAGGACAGCUGCAACAAGGUCGACAGCCUGCGGCAAAGAGAAAAUCCGAUUUCCCGCCAUCGCUUCUCGAUGCUCUUGAGCUCGAGCUUGCUGGCAUUGCUGAUAAAGAUGAGGAACAUCCCCCUUCACCGACUCAACGAAAACCGUCAUCAUCCAAGGAAGAAUCGUCCUUUCCAGCCAAGGCAAAGCGGGCAGUUUCUUUUCUAACUCCACCGAGAGAGUCUGAAAAAAAGCAACAGCCAGAGACAUCGCGAUCAUCUGCAGCGGAAGAAAUAAACGCCAAACCAACCAACGCUGAUCCUUCAUCACAAACGAAGGGUAGGUCCUCCUCCUCCUUCCGUUCACCGUUGUCGGUGAUACGGCAACGACAGCAGAAGCGGCCAGACGAACCGACACCGUCGCAAAGAAAAGAAGACAAAUCAAAACGAAAUCUCACGAGGCCCAAGUCACCUUCACCCGAGCGACGAAAAGAUAGAGUUACAAAGACAGACCCUACGUCCAAAGUUCGCAGCUCACUCCGCACUCCACCUAGUUCAAAUUAUCCCAAAGGUGACCACAAAUCGAAAUCGAAUCCAAAAGGUAGAAAUUCCAACCAACAGACCGUGGCCAUUGUUGGACAGCCUACCGAAAUAAAUAGCAUCGGUCGCGGAAAUCCAAGACCAUCCUUAGCACAAGGGCCGUACAUGCAGAAGUUACUCGAGGCGAAAGAGCUUGAAUUGAAGUCACAAGAAGAUCUGGUGCAAAAGCUCAAUCGAAAAAUCAACCAGUUGGAGGAUAUUAUUGCUACACGUCGCCAUCAGGACAAAUCAAGAACGAAACGCAAUGAAAACAUAGCCUUGACGGUUGAUGACCUCGAAGACCAAUUGAAUCAAUCCGAAGCUGAACAUCAACGUGAGCUCGAAAGAUUAGAGAAGUUGAAUCGUCGGGUCACAGCGGAACUGCAAGAGCAGACAGCAUUGGUCAAAAGUAUGAACAGAGAGUUGGGCAAGACCGAAUACAAAAUGGUAAAGCAACGCCGACUUGCGGAAUUGCAGGCUCGAGAAAUUCGGGACAGGGAAUCUCUGAUCGAAUCGUUACAAGAUCAAUUGAAAGAAGAUGGAGAAAUGGAACAUUCUGAUCACCGAGUAAUGGCGGAGCUACAAAAGCAAGUGAAUCGAGUGAAAACUAUGAAACAGGGAAUGAAGGAAUACAAACGACUAUGGAACGAACAACGUCAAUUUGCAGACAUGCAAUCUCAGCAGAUUAUGGAAAAGCAAGAAGUUCUUAAUAUUUUGUCUGCCAAAUUGGAAAGGGCAAACCGUCGGACCUUGGAAAUGGAAUAUGAACGAAAACUUGAUCACUUGGAUAACAUUGACAGGAAUCGGGCACUGGCCGAAAGUCAGGCGCGUCUUGAGGAACUGCAAAGGGAACACAAACAAGCCCUCGAAAAGACUUGGAGUCUAGAAUCAGAACUGAAGGAACAAGUUCAAAAUUGGAACGAAAUGGAGAAAGUCAUGGCCGAGACCCACGCAGAGAUGGCGUGGAUGUCGGAAAACCUGGAUCCCGAUAAUAGGUACGAAGAACAUUUGGUCAAGAAGGCAAUAAGAGAAUUGAUCGAGAAGAGGCCGGAUGGACAAGCUCGGGAGAGAAUUAAGCAACUGGAUUCAGAAAUUGAGGAGCAGGAACGAGAUUGGAUCCAGUUGGAGAAAGAGUUGGAUUUCGCACAAGGAAAGGUUGCUUCGAUGGGGAGGCAAUUGAGUUCGAAAAAGUUAUCCGACUAUAUUCUUCCUGACACUCCCAGAGCUUCCGUGAAUGAACAUCUCGAUCGUAUGUCAAUGAAGAUGAUGAGUGCUCGAAAUCAAUUGGAGGAAGCGAAGCGGCGAAGAAUAGCACAUUCGCAACGGCGGGAACCACAUCUGCUUGAAAAUGAUCCGCCUGGAAGAGGAGAUCGAGGCUAUUAA